AUGUUCACAGGCCUGGUCGAGCGUGUCGCGCGGAUUGCGGACGUGAUUCCGCGCGAUCCCACGAGCGGCUCGUACUCCCUUGUGAUUGGAGAUGCGGCCGCGAUUCUGGACGACGCGCAUGAAGGCGACAGCAUUGCGGUGAAUGGCGUGUGCCUCACGGUGACCCGCUUCGACGUGCACGCGCACGGCGGCUGCUUCCAGGUAGACGUCGCGCCGGAGACGCUGCUUCGCACGAAUCUGGGCCACCUGAAGGUCGACGAUCGCGUGAACUGCGAGCGCGCUAUGGCGCCGACGACGCGCUUUGGCGGGCACAUGGUCCAAGGGCAUGUCGACACGGUCGCGACGCUGCAGUCGGUCGUGCCGAACGAGUCGGCCCUCACGCUGACGCUGCGCCUUGUGUACGAGCCGCCGCGUGCAGGCGAGGCGACGCUGCCCCUCCCGUCGACGCUCUCGCCGUACCUUAUUCCGAAGGGCUACGUGACGCUCGAUGGCACAUCGCUCACGCUCGUGGACGUCUCGCCGCCCACAGGCGGCGCGCUCGGCGAGCAGGACGACACGCCCGUCGCCGAGACGGUCGAGUUCACGGUCAUGCUGAUUCCCCACACGCAGGAACACAUAGCGCUGCCGUCGCGUCCGGUCGGCGCCCGCGUGAACGUCGAGUUCGAUAUGGUCGGCAAGUACGUGUACCGCUCGCUCGUCGGCGAGUUGCGCCGUCUCGGCGACGCAGACGGCCCGGGCCUGACGACGGCCAUGCUCGAGCGCCUGGUGGGCCGGGCCCUGUCGUAG